ACAGUGUAGUCAAUAUGGCGGCGUCCAUAACUUCAGUUCACUUUUAGCGACAAACAAUAAAGAAAAAAACUAGCGUAUGAUAUUGACUUUUAACGCUGGGGAUGUCCAGGCUGGCUGUGGUGUUCGGGGGUUCGCGUGGCAUUGGGCGAGCAGUCUCUAAGCUGUUGGCACAGAGGGGUCACAGGAUUGUGCUGUUGUCUAGGAAUAAAGAGGCUGCACAGGCCACUGCUCAAUCUCUCCCUGGAGAAAACCAUUUGGGCCUAAGCUGCGAUGUCUCAAAAGAAGAAGAGGUUCAGAAAGCGUUUGAGACCAUCAAUAAGACCUGUGGCACUGUAGGGUUCCUGGUUAAUGCGGCUGGCAUCAACAGAGAUGCGCUGUUAUUGAGGAGUAAAUCUGAAGACAUGCUGUCUGUUUUGCACACUAACCUGCUGGGCUCCAUGCUGACAUGUAAGGCCGCUGUACGAAACAUGCUCAGUCAUGGAGGAGCCAUUGUCAACAUCGGUUCAGUGGUGGGUGUGAAGGGUAAUGCUGGUCAGUGUGUGUACAGCGCCAGUAAAGCUGGACUAGAGGGAUUCACUCGCUCACUGGCAAAGGAAGUGGCUUCUCGUAACAUACGAGUGAACUUGGUGGCUCCAGGAUUGAUUCACACAGACAUGACUGCAGGACUGGCAGAAGAAGCAGCGGUGAGGACCAUUCCAUUGGGCCGUUUUGGGGAACCUGCAGAAGUGGCCCAGGCUGUGCUUUUCCUCCUGGAGUCGCCUUAUAUCACAGGACAGAUUCUGCUGGUGGACGGAGGACUACAGCUGCUGAUGUAAUGAUUCUAUGAGUCACUGAAGUAUUAAAGUGCAUAUUUUUGUUUUGGUGAUUAUACCCAAUAUCUCUAUUUAGGGGUUGAGUCAAAGCUCGAUAUUGUUAAUCUUCUUCUCAUCACUCUGUGGAAUUCUGAGUCAUGUAAAACAUUGUGUAAGAGUAGUUUUGGACCAUCUGGAUUAGAUUAAUGUUAUUUUUAGUUCACUGGAGUUUUUGGGUUAUUGCUGCAUGUUCCAUACUUAAGAUAAUGGAGGUCACAGAUCAACCAGCGGAGGAUAUGACUCGUUUUGUGAUGUCAUUUCUAUUUUUAGCAUACAUAGUUUAUUCAGAUAUAAAUGAUGUUAGAAUCGCAGGUUUGUAAAAGAUCAGAAAUAUACAGAUUUUAAAAUCAAGAAUGAACUAAACACUGAAAAAAAAUAUUUAUAGAUGAUUCCUUGAAUUAACUACAUUUUUUUUUCGUUAAGUGGUUGUAAUCAAUUUAUUUGGGCUAAAUUUAAACAAGUUAAGUUGAAUAUUAUUACAUUUGUUUAAAUUUAACACA